GCAGGCAGUGCAGGCGGGGCGCCGCGGCUCCGCUCCGCGCCAGUCCCCGGCUCUGUUCAUUCAUGAUUGGUACUCGGCCCCCCGAGACCAAGCCGGAGCGCCGGGUGCGGAGCGGAGCGUGCGGCAGUAGAGGGGGCGGACCGCGGCUCCCGCACCGCACGCGGCGCGGGUUCGGCAGCCUUGGCCGGGCAAGCGCGCCGGCCCCGUGUGGAGCGCCAGGAAGGUUUCGGAGCUCGGUUCCCCGGCCCCUAGCAAGGGCGCCGGCCGGGCUGGGAUCUCGCGCUGGGGAGCGGUGGCGAAGAUUCCCCGGGAGCAGCGGGCCCUGUGAGUCAGUGCAUGUGCAGGGCUGAGGGAGGAAGCAAGAAGCCUCCCGGCGCCCCAGCCCCGCGCUCGCUGAAUACCAACCUGCAGGCGAGCUGCCGGUGCUCUUUGCUUUUUUCCUCCUCCAAUUCGGAGUAGAGAGUCCACACUGAUUCUUUCCAGGGGAGGGGAGGGGCAGGAUCCGUGGUCCCAAGUCGCACCCAAGUCUUCGCUGCCAUGGGGGCUGUCAUGGGCACCUUCUCAUCUCUGCAAACCAAACAAAGGCGACCCUCUAAAGACAUCGCCUGGUGGUAUUACCAGUAUCAGAGAGAUAAGAUUGAAGAUGAACUGGAGAUGACCAUGGUUUGCCACCGACCUGAGGGACUGGAGCAACUUGAGGCCCAGACCAACUUCACCAAGAGAGAGCUGCAAGUCCUUUAUCGUGGCUUCAAAAAUGAGUGCCCCAGCGGUGCAGUCAAUGAAGAAACAUUCAAGCAGAUCUACGCUCAGUUUUUCCCUCAUGGAGAUGCCAGCACCUAUGCCCAUUACCUCUUCAAUGCCUUCGACACCACCCAGACAGGCUCCGUGAAGUUCGAGGAUUUUGUAACUGCUCUGUCGAUUUUACUGAGAGGAACAGUCCAUGAGAAACUAAGGUGGACAUUUAAUUUGUAUGACAUCAAUAAAGACGGAUACAUAAACAAAGAGGAAAUGAUGGACAUUGUCAAAGCCAUCUAUGACAUGAUGGGGAAAUAUACAUAUCCUGUACUGAAAGAGGAUACUCCAAGGCAGCACGUGGAUGUUUUCUUCCAGAAAAUGGACAAAAAUAAAGAUGGCAUUGUGACUUUAGACGAAUUUCUUGAAUCUUGUCAGGAGGAUGACAACAUCAUGAGGUCUCUCCAGCUGUUCCAAAAUGUCAUGUAAAUGGGGACACUUAGCCAUCCAGCACUCAGAGACAUUGUAUCUUAAUACCUUGAUCUUCCCUUGUUCUGAUUUUACACACCAACUCUUGGGACAGAAACACCUUUUACACUUUGGAAGAAUUCCCUGCUGAAGACUUUCUAUGAAACCCAGCAUUCAGUGGCUCCAUCUCUGACCGUCAGCUCUUCCUUUUCCCUCCUCUUGAGAGAGACACAAUUCGAGUCUGUUUUGGAAGCAUGCCCAUCUCUUCACACUGCUGCUCCAUGGAAGGUCCCUCUGCUUGAGCUUAAACCGUAGUACACAGUUUUCUGCUUACAUGCCCCCAACCCACUGCCUCCAAAUUAAGCAGAUUUUGUUGAAUUUGGAACCUGAGGACCUGAGCCAAAUGCACACCAUCCUCUGAUGGCCUCCCAAACCAAUGUGCCUGUCUCUCUUCCUUUAUGGGAAGAAAGAGUGUUACACAGAACAAUUAAAAUCUACCUUGACUAGUCUGGGGGAGGCAGCACCUAAACCUGUAGAAUAGGACUGAAUUACUAAGCAUGGCAUUGUCUGAUGACCUAAACUGCCCGUGUCAUUCAUUUCCAAAGGUGAGGAUUAAUAAUUCUCCCACACUAGCAUCUGUGCUAGUAAUGCAAGUUGCAAGUCUCUUAACAUGCCCAGGAAGAGAGCCAUUGCCCAGUGGUCUGUAACUCCUCUCCAUCCCCUGCCCAAGCCCAUCACUGCAUGUCCCUCCCAAAAAGCCCAGAAUGCCUGCAAAUUGCUGUAAUUUUAUACCAUGUUCUAAUCAAUAAAUAGAAUUAUUUCUUACACUCUCAA